AUGGCGACUCAACGCCCUGAGAACGGCUCCAUUAGCCAGGAUGCUACGGAAAGCGACAAAGAAAAGGGCAUCGGGAAUAUAACACCCGCCAAGCCUGGCAGUUUCGAGCGACACUCGGAAGCUUCAAGUGAUGGAGUGUUUCAUCAGAUCAUCGUUAAAGAUGGACAAGAUGUCCUUGUUAGUUGGACGCUUGAGGAAGAAAAGCACGUCGUCCGUAAGGCCGACUUCCUGUUCCUUCCAAUAUUUGCUUUGAUGUUCACAUGGAUGGCUAUCGACCGGACCAAUGUCUCUGGCGUUUUAACAUCGACGUUCCUUCAUGACACGGGUAUGACCCGGGACCAAGCUAACACUGGCGUGUCGCUCCUGUGGCUUGGCAUUGUCCUGCUAGAAAUACCGUCGAAUGUUAUCCUGCAUCGCAUUGGACCUACCUACUGGAUUCCCGGACAGGUCGUAGUCUGGGGUCUGAUUGAAGUUCUGCAGUGCUUCGUCAAAAAUAGUAGUGGGUGGUAUGCCGCCAGGCUAUUCCUCGGCAUGGCCGAGAGUGGUUUUAUUCCAGGAGGCUUAUAUACGCUCUCGCGAUGGUACACCGAGGACGAGCUCACCUCACGCACUGCUGCCUUCUUCUUCGGCCCAUCCAUAUCGGCUGCUUUCGGGUCCCUAAUUUCGUCAGGGGCGCUGCGUCUCGAGGGUCAGCAGGGGUUGAUAUUCAUCAUCUGCGGAGUCUCAACUAUAGCCACCGGUGUACUCGCGUUCGCUAUAGUACCGAAGUCCCCUUACCACACCGGGCGUCUCUUUGGCGGACUUUUGCGGGUUCGCGGUUGGCUCUCCGAGCGCGAAGCAGACAUCUUCUCCGCAAGGCUAAUAAGAAAAGGCAACGCAAAAAGUCACGGUUCGACUCUUCAUAUCGGAUGGAAGGAUAUAACUGAUGUCAUUUUCCACUGGGCCACCUGGCCCUACCUUAUUGCCUGCCUGAGCGGUCUGCAGGCAAUCAACGGGUUAAGCACCUGGGGCGCCACGAUCAUCAAGUCUCUUGGGUUCAGCAGCAUCCAUGCCAACCUCCUCAACGCUCCAGGUUUCUGGACUCUCGCGUGCCUAAUUGCCCUCUACCACCUCCCAGUGAGCUCGAAGAAAUCCUGGUCGUUCUAUGCGGCUUAUCUUUUGACCCAGGCAGCUCCUGGUUGGCAGCCGAUCAAUGUUACCUGGCUUUCGCUCAAUUUCAAGACCCCACAGAAACGUGCCAUUGCUUAUGCCGUGUAUAGUAAGUAA